AUGGGCUUGCACCUCGAUUGUCUCCUUGAGUCCGAAUGGUCUGUGUCUGGCCUCGAGUCUGUUGUAACGAAUGACAUGAUGCUGACCUCUCAGCGGACUGAAGUUAGCAAGAGGAACUCCCAUGUGCGUUUCCUGUCGUUCCUUGACUCAGCUGUUGCAAAGGGAGCUUUGGCAAAGGGCAGGUCCACCUCAAAGCUUCUCCAGCCGCUCCUUCGUCGUGCCUGUGUGCUGCAGCUUGCUUUUGACUUGUAUCCAGUUUGGCCUUUCUGUCCCACACGACACAAUACAGCUGAUGACCCAACUAGGGAUGUUGUGGUCCGUGAGACGAGCGAGAAGAGCAUCCGUAGUGCCGAGGGCGUUGACUUCAGAGCCCUGCACAUGGUUGGUCUGAGAAGAGCCGCAGCAAACUGGAUUCGUCUGUUGCUCCUUGUCUCGUCCUGUGGCGGAGUUCAGAGUUGUGCUGUGGGCUCAAGCUUGUCGUUUGUCUUGCCUGCCUGGCCUGAUUUUGGAGCAUGGCUUUCGCUGUGGACUUUUCACACUUGGGUGCUCACUGUCAGUUGGACUUUCCCUGUCGCUGCUGGCCUUUUCCUCGGUCUCUGCAACUCCUCCUUAGCUUUGGCAGGUCUAUGUGUUGCCCUAUGGACUUUAUCCCAUUUCCUGUCGGCACUCAAGACCAGUCAUGUCUUCUGGACUUUCCCUGUCUUUUUGAGCCUUGCACCUAGCCGCGGGUUUUUGGACUUCCGGUGGGGCGCAUGUAACAUGGAGCUGCUGUCUGCAGCUGAGCGUCGCCGAGCCGAUGAGAGGAAACAACUCACAGCUGCCUGGGACUAUGCUUUUUCCGGGGUGUCAGAGGAGCCAUUCUCACAUCACCCGGCGCUACCAGCAACGGUGCUGCUGGCGAUCAUGUCGGUUGCGCUUUUGUCGGGAUGGUUGACUGAAGCUGCAAUUUUUGGGCUUACUUGGGCGGGCAUUUUGAGGAUUGGAGAAACCCUUCAAGCGACACGUUCAGACCUGAUUCUACCAAGGGAUGCAGUUGCGGGUACAAACUACGUACUGCUCAAAAUAUGCCAGCCGAAAACCAGGGGGAAGCAUGCGAAGCAUCAGGCCGCUAGAGUUGAUCCUGCAGACAUUGUUGCUUUGCUUGAUUUGGCUUUUGCACGGGUAGCCCCGGAGAGCAAACUCUGGCCGGGAUCAGCGGCUACACUGACGCGAAGAUUUGGUGAUUUGAUGAGAGCUCUACAGCUGCCUGAUGAGAGUUCUGGCAGACAUCGGGCUUUUGAUUUGUCGUCACUGCGUCCUGGAGGAGCAUGCUGA